AGCGCGAGCGGCGCCGUCACAAAAGGAAGUGGCGGCGGCGGGUCCGUCAGCGCGGGGAGGGGCGGGGGCGGCUCCGGCACCUCCGGGAGCACCGGGAACAGAGGCACCGGCACCGGCACCCGCGGGGCGGCCGCGGCGGGGGCCGCGCCGCGCCAUGGCCCAGCAGCAGAUGAGCAGCUCGCAGAAGGCGCUGAUGCUGGAGCUGAAGUCGCUGCAGGAGGAGCCGGUCGAGGGCUUCCGCAUCACCCUGGUCGACGAGUCCGACCUCUACAACUGGGAGGUGGCGAUCUUCGGGCCCCCCAACACGCUGUACGAGGGCGGGUACUUCAAGGCUCACAUUAAAUUUCCUAUCGACUAUCCAUAUUCACCACCUACCUUCAGAUUCCUGACCAAAAUGUGGCACCCCAACAUUUAUGAGAAUGGAGAUGUAUGUAUUUCAAUUCUUCACCCACCUGUAGAUGACCCACAAAGUGGAGAGCUGCCAUCUGAGAGGUGGAACCCUACCCAAAAUGUCAGGACUAUCUUACUGAGUGUAAUCUCUUUGCUUAAUGAGCCCAACACAUUCUCCCCAGCCAACGUGGAUGCAUCAGUCAUGUUCAGGAAAUGGAGGGACAGUAAAGGAAAAGACAAGGAGUACGCCGAAAUCAUAAGGAAACAGGUUUUGGCUACCAAAGCUGAGGCAGAGAAGGAUGGCGUGAAGGUCCCCACUACACUGGCAGAGUACUGCAUCAAAACUAAAGUGCCUUCCAAUGACAACAGUUCAGAUUUGCUUUACGACGACUUGUAUGAUGAUGAUAUUGACGACGAGGACGAGGAGGAGGAGGACGCCGACUGUUACGAUGAUGAUGAUUCUGGCAAUGAGGAGUCGUGACCUGCUCCCUCUAUGCCCCUGUACUGCCCUGCCGACUCAGGCCAGAAGGGAGC